AUGCACGGGUUCGAGAUGGCAGAUUUGGAGCGCCGUAACAAGCUAGAAGAGCUGAUUCGACAGAAGAACAAAGGCCGACCAGGAUCAUCAAGAUACGGCGACGACGACGAAGACGAUGCGGGUGGUUACCACAAUCAUCAGUAUGGUUACGACGACGACGACUUUAUAGACGAUGACGAUGGCGAUGGUUACGGCGAUGGUUACCCGGAUAAACGCGGAGGGCGAGGAGGAGGAGGAGGAGGUGGAGGAAGAGGGGGGACCGGUAGCGGGAGGGCUUAUGGCGGGAGUGAUAGGAGAGAGCGGGACGAGUAUGACGGUUACGGGAAUGGUCGCGCCGAGAGAGGUGGUCGAGGAGACGGACCCUCGCAUGGCAGUGCGGAUCCGAAGACGAACGGAAGCAACUGGGGGUCGUUCUUCGGGCCUUCGAAGGUGGCCAUCGCCAAGACGGUGGUGGACGCGGAGCGGAUCCGACGAGAAGCUCAGGCGAUGGCGGCUCGCGAGGCGCAGCGGAAACGCGAGGAGGCGGAGAAGGCACGCAGUGGCAGCAAGGCGAGUGCGGCAGGGAGGCCUGGAGCGGCGAAGAAGGCACCAGAGACAGCUUACCGGGACGACAGGAGGGCGCUCCUUGCCGAGGAGGAGGCGAAACGCCGGCGACUCAAGGAGAAUCGGGACUUCUCCUUCCUCUUCUCAGAUUCCAAGCAGAAACCACCUCCCGCCCGAUCCCAGAUCACCCCUCCUAGACCGCACACAGCCCCUUCUCGAUCUCUCAGUACCCCUCCGCUUUCCAAGGACCAGUUUAGAGACCAGCCACGUCAGCAGCAGCCUCCUGGCCAAUCGCACGCUGCCAAGUCUGCGAAACCUCUGCCUGGUCGGCCGAUGGCUUCUGCCGGACCGGACGGGCAGGUUCGGCGACCGGUGACUUCCGCCGGGCCAGACGCGAGGGUUCGGAAUGAGGGCGGGGGAAGGAGGGUGGAAGAGGCUCGGGACGUGGGGGGGCGAGGAGUCGUGAGGCCAGGGGAUGGCAGAGGGGCGGCAGGUGUGGGAGGGGUGGGUGGGAGAGGGGGAGGAGGGGCGGUGGGAGGGGCAGGGAGAGGAGGAGGGGGUGGUGGAAUGGGAGGGAGCGGGAGGAUAGGGAUAGGGGACAUUGUUCGAAGGGAGGGCGACGAUAGGCGGUUGGAUGGGCGGGAUAAAACGGACAGAGGGGCACAUGGGGCGUAUGGGAUGAGUGGGAGAGGUGGCGGCUAUGACGAUCGGCCUAUCAAGAAGCCACAGCCAGGUUCUGCCCCUCCCUACCGCACCCAACCACCCUCUAUGCGCAACCACAGGGAGAACCACAUGGGGCCGGCACAUGACAGCGAUGACGACGACAACAUGGAGGUUGGGUUCAGCCAGCUGAUGGCGGAAGAAAGGAGAAGUGCUCUGAUUGCUCGAAAAGAGGACGAGAGGGAGGCCGAGCUAUUAGCAAGGGAGGAGGAAGAGAGGGCAAGGAGGAAGAAGGCCAAAAAAUGGGCAGGAACUGAGUCACGGGCAUUUCGCAUUGUGGGGUUUUGA